AUGGCGGAGCGGCCGCGCUUCCUCUGCGGCGUGGUGGAAGGUUUCUACGGGAGACCAUGGUCAAUGGAUCAGAGGAAACUUCUCUUUCAAUGGCUGCAACGCCGGGGGCUGAACUGCUACAUGUACGCACCCAAGGAUGAGCUGAAGCACCGGCUGCUCUGGAGGGAGCCUUACACAGAGCAUGAGGCAGCCCGCAUGCGGUCUCUCAUCGAAGCUGCCCAAGAGCAGGGUGUGGAGUUUAUUUUCGCCAUUUCUGCUGGCCAGGACAUGGUGUUUUCCAGUGCUGGGGAUCGCCUCCUGCUGCAGCAAAAACUCAGGCAGGUGGCUGCCAUGGGGUGCCGCUCCUUCGCGCUGCUCUUUGACGACAUCGACCCCUGCAUGUGCCAAGCUGACAGAGAUGUCUUCCCCUCCCUGGCACAGGCUCAGGCCUCUGUGGCCAACGAGGUGUACCAGGAGCUGGGCCAACCCUCCAUCUUCCUCUUCUGCCCUACAGAAUAUUGCAGCUCGCUGUGCUCUCCCAGCCCCAGCCAGUCCUGCUACCUGCAGACCAUCGGCCAGGAGCUGCUCCCAGGGAUCGGUGUCAUCUGGACAGGCCCCAAGGUGGUGUCACAGGAGCUCUCAGCAGUGCUGCUGGAGGAGGUGGAGGCUGUCCUGAGGCGCUGCCCGGUCAUCUGGGACAACCUCUAUGCCAACGACUACGACUGCAGACGUGUCUUCCUGGGUCCCUACAUGGGCCGUGCUCCUGGCCUCAUGUCCAGGCUCCAUGGGCUGCUCCUCAACCCCAACUGUGAGCUCCAGGCCAACUUCAUCCCCAUACACACGCUGGGCACCUGGUUUCAGAGCGAGCUGGGGAGCUGUGCCCCCCCUGACCAUGCAGGAAUGGAGGAGGUGACAGCCCUGGGGGACAGCCAAGGUGCUCAGGAUGGAAGCUACAGCCCCCAGGAAGCCUUGGAACUGGCACUGCGUGACUGGGUGGCCGAGAUAAACCAGCAGGCCUUGGAGCCAGGAAUCCCAGUGGCCACCAAGAUCCUCCCCAGCCCAAGCUCCACCAUGAGCUCCAGCAAUGGGGCCAACACCAGUCAGAACAUUUCCCUGCCCACCAGUGAUGCCAGGACAGGGGAUGGCAGCCCCGUCCAGUCUCCCAGCAGCACCCAGCCUGAGGCCAUCAGGACUGAUGUGCCCCAGACACCCCCAGGACCUGGGGCUGAUGCCACCCCUGGUGCCCCAGCCCCACUGAUCGAUGAGGUUGAUGCUAGCCCUGGUCCUAUGGCACCAGUGACCCCAGAGGAGGCUGAGUCUGGCCCCAUAGCACCACUUACCCCCAAGGAGGCCACAACCAGCCCCACAGCACAGGUGACCCCAGAGGAGGCUGGGUCUGGAUCCAUGACCCCCAAAGAUGCCAGGACCAGCCCCAUAGCACAGGUGACCCCAGAGGAGUCCAGGACCAGCCCCCUGGCACCAGUGACCCCAGAGGAGUCUGGGUCUGGAUCCAUGACCCCCAAGGAGGCCAGGACCAGCCCCACAGCACAGGUGACCCCAGAGGAGCCCAGGACCAGCCCCCUGGCACCAGUGACCCUGGAGGAGGCUGAGUCUGGAUCCAUGACCCCCAAGGAGUCCAGGACCAGCCCCACAUCACAGGUGACCCCAGAGGAGUCCAGGACCAUCCUCACAGCACCGGUGACCCCAGAAGAGGCUGGGUCUGGCCCUAUGGCACUGAUGACCCCAAAGGAAGCCAGACCCAACCCCACAGCACCACUGACCCCAGAGGAAGCCGUGUCCAGCCCUACAGCGCCACUGACCCUGGAGGAGGUGCGGAUGCUGGUGGAGCUUUUCUACCUGCCCUACCACCACGGGGCUCUGGCACAGCAGCUCCUGGAGCAUUUUCGGUGGCUGCGGGCAAACAGCCUCAGCGUGGGGGUCCCACCCACGGCGCCUGAUCCCUGCGGGGGCACGCGGUGGCGGGGCCGGGCUCAGUCCUUCCAGCUGCUGUGUGCGCGGACGUGCCGCCUGCACAGCCGCUUCGUCAGCACCGCCAGCCGGGCGCUGCUCUACGACCUGCACCCCUACCUGUGGGACAUCCGCAACAUGCUGCUGGCAGCCUGUGCCUUCGUCCUCUGGCUGGGUACGUGGCUGAUGCCAGCCCUGGCAGCCCCUGGCAGCCCCCAUCACACCUUUCCUUUCCCCGGGAUGGCCACCUCCUCUGCGACCCUGACCCCAAGGGCACCUGGGGGAACUGCUUUGGCUGGUGCCAGAGCAUCACUGCCCCAAUCCUGCUGGGGAGGGACGCCGAGCCCUGGGCACGUCGUGGGGGCCUCUUUGGAGAACUCCAGGCACUGCUGCCCGUGGGGAACAGCUGUGACCUCUUCUACCAUCCACCCCCACUCUUCCCGUCCAGCCAGCUGUACCUGCUGCGCCCACUGCUGCCCCUGGACAAGGCUCCUGGGCAGCUUCCUCAGCCUGAGCCCUGAGUACACCUUUGUGCUGGAGGAUGAGGGUGGCCCGUGUGGCUACGCAGCCGGAGCGCUCCACGCCGAAGGCUUCCUGCAGAAGCGAGACAGCAGCUGGCUGCCAGCCAUAAGACACAAAUACCCCCCAGACCUGGGCACGGGGGGCUCAGCUCUGGGACAGGAUGGGAGAGGUGGAGGGGGUUCCCUCACUUGUGCUUGUCUUCUGCAGGAUGCCCUGGAGGAAGCAGUGCUCUUCUUCCACACAGAGCCACUGGCAGUGCCCCAGCCUGUGCUGAGGCGCUUCCCCUCCCUGGUACAGCUGGGCACAGCCCCUCGUGUGCUGGACGUGGGGGCCAGCCGCAGCCUGGCCCUCUGCCUGCUGAGUGCACUCAGGGCCAACGGCUCACGGGGAGUGUUCUGCCAGGUCAGUGAUGCCGACCGGCAGCAGCUGAGCUUCUACAGCAAGCUGGGCUUUGUCGCCCUGCCGGUGGCCUGGGGCAGCUCUCCUGGCUCUCAGCUCCUGGGACGUCUCCUCUGA